GACGUGUCGUCGCGUCGAGGGGACGUUUCCGCGCACAGGAGCUUCUCCCGGGACCAGCAGGACCAGAGACCAGCAGGACCGGGACCAGACUAGUCCAGGACCAGAGUCCACCAGGACCAGCCGCGCGCACGCGCACGAGUCCGCGCCCACUCCUCGUGAAGCGGCUGUCAGUGACGUAGGAGGGUUCGGUUCGUGACGUAGGGGACUGCAGCAGAGGUCAAAGGUCAGAGGUCAGAGGUCCGGUCCAACAGCUUCAGGAUGGUCCUCCGGUCCUGGUGGCUGGUCCACCUCCUCCUCUUCUCCUCCUCCUCAGCUCACAGAGACUUCUUCACCUCCGUUGGUCACAUGACGGACCUGCUGUUCGUGGAGAAGGACCUGGUGACGUCCCUGAAGGACUACGUCUCGGCGGAGGAGGACAAGCUGCAGCGCAUCAGGAGCUGGGCAGACAGGCUGGACGUCCUCUCGGCUGCAGCGUCCCAGGACCCUGAAGGAUUCCUGGGUCACCCGGUCAACGCCUUCAAGCUGAUGAAGAGACUGAACACGGAGUGGGCGGAGCUGGAGAGCCUGGUGCUGACGGACGUCUCCGACGCGUUCAUCUCCAACCUGUCGGUGCAGCGACAGCAGUUCCCCUCCGACGAGGACCAGGCGGGGGCCGCCAGGGCCCUGCUGAGGCUGCAGGACACCUACCAGCUGGACACCAGCACCAUCUCCAGUGGACGGCUGCCAGGCUCGUCCCCGGAGGCCUGGAUGCGCAGCGUCCUGACGGUGGAGGACUGCUUCGACCUGGGGAAGGUGGCCUACGCAGAGGCCGACUACCGCCACACGCAGCUGUGGAUGGCUCAGGCCCUGCAGCAGCUGGAGCAUCUGGAGCAGCUGGAGCAGGGGGAGCAGGGGGAGCAGGGGGGUGAGGGGGGUGAGGGGCCCGGGUCCGGGGACGGGUCCGGCUCCGUGGACACCGUCACCAUCCUGGACUACCUGAGCUACUCGGUUUACCAGCAGGGGGAGCUGGAGACGGCGCUGGGUUUUACCAGGAGGCUGCUGGAGCUCGACCCGACGCACCAGAGAGCUAACGGGAACUUGAAGUACUUUGAGUAUCAGCUGUCCAAACGGAAGAAGAGCGAGCUGACCCCGGAGGGUGAGGAGGUUCAGACACAGAGGAAGGAGGGCCGUGGUUACCAUGACGACUACCUGCCAGAGAGGAGGAAGUACGAGCGGCUGUGUCGCGGCGAAGGCAUCCUGAUGACUCCCCGCAGGCAGAGCCGCCUCUUCUGCCGUUACUAUGACAACGGCCGCCAUCCGAGGUACGUGAUUGGCCCAGUGAAGCAGGAGGAUGAGUGGGACCGGCCCCGCAUAGUCCGCUACCACGACAUCGUGUCGGACAAGGAGAUGGAGAAGGUGAAGGAGCUGGCCAAACCCCGGCUCCGUCGAGCCACCAUUUCCAACCCCACCACCGGUGUGCUGGAGACGGCCCCGUACCGCAUCAGCAAGAGCGCCUGGCUGGCAGCGUUUGAACACCCGGUGGUGGACAGGAUCAACCAGAGGAUUGGGGACAUCACCGGCCUGGACGUCACCACGGCCGAAGACCUGCAGGUGGCCAACUACGGCGUCGGGGGCCAGUACGAACCUCACUUUGACUUUGGACGGAAAGACGAGCCGGACGCGUUCGAGGAACUGGGGACGGGGAACCGGAUAGCCACCUGGCUGCUCUACAUGAGCGACGUGCAGGCAGGGGGCGCCACCGUCUUCACGGACGUCGGAGCCUCCGUCCAGCCCAAAAAGGGGACGGCCGUGUUCUGGUACAACCUUCACCCCAGCGGAGACGGAGACUACCGGACCCGGCACGCCGCCUGUCCGGUGCUGGUGGGAAACAAGUGGGUUUCCAACAAGUGGAUCCAUGAGCGAGGCCAGGAGUUCAGACGCCGCUGCGGCCUCCACCAGUCCGGCUGACCGCUCGUCCUCCUCCGCCCGCCGGGACGCCGGGACGGCGGAGCCCGGUGCUGAUUCUGGUCUGGUUUGUGUGUCGGUGUGUUUGCAGGGCGUCUCCAGCUGCUCGGGGCUCCAGACCAGUCCAGCUUUACUCCAGAAGAACUGAACAAAGCAGCUAGUUAACGCGUGUUUUACUGAAGCCGACUGAGCCAGCGGGGCGUCCACAUGUCUGGACUCUGACCGGGUCCCUCAGAACCUGGAUUCUUUUAUCUUUCAUGGUUCUGAUGUAGAGCUGCUGCUGCUGCUGUGUUUUGGGGAUAACUUCCUGUCACAUGACCCGGUUCCAUCCAGUCUUUAUCCGUCAGACAGACGUCCUCACAUGUGUCUCUAGAGGAUUCUGGUCUCCAGGGGGGGUCGUGUGACGGACGGGUGUCCAGGUCCAGACCAGCGUCCCUGGUUCUGCUGGUUUCCUCCAAACGUGGUUCUGGACGGAAAGAUCAGGGGCCUCAUUUAUAAAGCUUGUGUGCACACAAAACAGGGCUUGAAAGA